AUGUCGGGCCUCGCCAGGGCGCGCCGCGAUCGCAUCCUGGGCCUGUCCUUCGUUCUGUGCGUGGCCCUGAUCUGGGUGGCCGGCUCGUUCAUCGUCAAGGACAUCGAGAACCAGCUGCCGGCUGCGGUGGUGACGUAUGUCGCCAACGCCCUGCUGGUUGUGCUCCUGCCCGCGGCGAAAUUUCGAGAGUGGAUGAAGGCGAGGAGACGAAGAUGUGAUGAGAAACAUACCUUUGUGGAGGAGGAGAGAGAUGCACUGGUCGAUGAGAGGUCCUCAGUAGAGGAGUGGCGUGAUGCAAAUGCACCACCAAUUAAAAGAAUGACAGAAAGCCAAGUGAUUGUCACAGCCGUAAUGAUUGCACCACUCUGGUGGCUGGCCCAGUUCACCUUCAACCAAUCACUGCACCACACGUCUGUCACCUCCAACACCAUCAUAAGCUCAUCCUCAACCCUCUUCACAUAUUUGUUGAGUCUCUGGUUUCUGAGGGAGCCGUUUGUUGCACACAAGCUGGGAGGGGUGUUUGUGUGUGUACUUGGUAGGAUGUUGGCCUGA